AUGGAGUUAGUGGAUGUUCCUACUAUAGGCGGCAAGUUCACUUGUUUUAGUAGCAAUGGUAGAGCUAUGAGUAGAAUUGAAAGAUUCUUGUUAUCGGAUAGUCUCAUUGAGGAUUGGAAGGUUGCGGGGCAAGUUAUAGGUGGUAGAGAAAUUUCCGAUCACGCUCCUAUUUGGAUAAAAAAUAAUAAGAAGGAUUGGGGCCCUAAACCGUUCAAAUUCAAUAACAAUUGGUUGAAUCAUAAUGAUUUUGGAAAGUUCGUGGAAGAAGAAUGGGCCAAGAUUAAUGUGAAAGGGAGGGGAGAUUUUUGUUUGGUGGAGAAACUAAAAAUUCUAAAAGGAAGGCUUAGUUGGUGGAAUAAAGUGGUGUAUGGUUGGUGGGAUCUCAACAUUGACAAGGCAAGCGAGGAGUUGACUUUUUUAGAUAACGAGUUUGUUCAUUUUGCAAGUAAAGCUCUGGAGGAUGUGAAAGAAGGUCUUCUUCGGCUUAAAUUAAGACAAAUGUGGCUAUCCGAAGGUGAUCGAAACUCCCGUUUUUUUCAUGAUUCCCUUAGGAAUAGAAAAGGAAGAAGCACGCUUUUUUCUAUUUCUACAAGGAGGGGUAAGUUGGAGGAAGUUACCGAGAUUAAAGAUUUCAUCUCUGAUCAUUUUAAGGAGUUCUUUAAGGAAAAUGAGGUGUGUAGACCGGUUCCUUUAGAUAUGGGAUUGGGUUGCAUUUCAAGUAUGGAGAGUGUGGAGAUGGAGGGUUCGUUUUUGGAAUCAGAAGUGAAGGAGGCAAUAUGGUCGUGUGAUGGGAAUAAGAGUCCCGGUCCGGACGGUCUAUACAAGAUUAUCGGCAAGUUGUUGGCCGCUAGAAUCAAAAAGGUUAUUGGUAAUUUGGUCUCCUCAAACCAAACCGCGUUCUUUCCAGGAAGAAAUAUGAUGGAUGGUGUGAUGAUAGUGAAGGAGUUAUUGGAUUGGUCUAAAAAAUGA